GAGGAUGUUUCCUGGUUUCAGUGCGCUACCGUGUUACUCGCUGGCAUGCGCUGAUGCGGCAUUUUCCAAAUCAUCAUGAUGUACGCAACCGGUCAAGGCAACAUCGUGGACAGAACUGCUGCCGGUACGACUUCCGAGGACUUGACGGAAGGUAGCUUUGCAUCCAACAGUGGCUGGUGGAGCGACGACUCGGACGAGGGUGAACGCCAUAGCAUCAUGAUGGACACUGGGACGACAAAGCUACCAUCGCCGCCUUCUGAAUCCAUGGCGUCGUACCUGGACAAGCUAUAUUGCAUGCUGGAAUCGUGCCCUGCGACCGUCGUCUCGUGGUCGCGACAUGGCACAGCGUUUGCCGUGUACAACAGGGACGUGUUCGAGACCACCGUCCUCCCCCACUACAUGUCCCCAGUCAAGUUUGAUAGGUUCGUACGACAGCUUACCUCGUACGGGUUCCGCAAAGCCAAAUACACAGUGAACGGGAUGGCGGUGUGGGAAUUUCGUCACCCGAACUUUGUCAAAGGCCACCAGCAGCAAACUAUAAUCCGUCGUCGAGGUCGCGGGCCACGUGCCGCCCCUGAGGUGCCUGCUGCAAGACUUAAUCGUCCACCAGACCGCCAGCUCAAGUCGGCGUUGAUUGACAUGAUGGCCGUGGUGCGGAACCUCAAGUCCGAGUUGGCGGACACAAAGGCGCUGGUGAUUGCAUAUGCUCGAUUGCAUCAUGGCAAUAAGGAGUAAAUCAAAUUGUAUGUAAAGUCACAGGUUAUUUAGGUAAAGAGGUCUUUACUAUCUCGAUGUUUUCCACAUGGGAAACCGGUGGGAGUACACACCGAUGGACGUAAUAUACAGUUAACUGCCCAA